AUGUGGAUCAUCAACAAUUCGUUGGACGUUAUCCGUGUACUGGAGGAAAAACAGCUUUCCCUAAAUCAUGUGAGUACUUGGGAUUUUUCGACACUUUAUACUAGCCUUCCACACGCCCAACUUAAAAAGCAACUCCGUGAUCUUUUGGAAAGAGUUUUUAAGAGCGACUCCGCGUAAAUAUCAACUAGACGUGGAAAUAGUCAAAAAAUGACCUGGCCUCAAACUCAGCCAGAAUGAAGCCCUAUGGGCCCUGGUUACACAAUCGUUGAUUUAAGUACGAUCGAGUGAAUAAUAUUUUUUUAACGAAUUUUUUUCUUCUCGAGGCCUAAAAUGGGCAAAAAUCAUGCAAAAUUAGAGUCAUAUUCAGUGGCUCGUACAUUUUAAAAUAAAGUUGGCUAUUAAAGUAUAAUGACACUUCAUAUUUUUGCUACCUUUUCUCUAUAAUUUUAACUGAUUAGUUCGCGAUUUGGUCAACAAGAGAUUUUUUAAGAAAUUUUUAAAAUUGUUGACUCAAAAUCGCUUAAACAACCGUCAAAAUUUAGCACUUUUUCACGAGCUAAAAAAGCGGAUUGGUACAUGACUUUGAACACCAAGGCUUGUUUAGUCUGAAAGAGCAUUCUUUUUUCUUCAAAUUAGCGAAAUAAAAUUUUUGGGUAAAUGAAAUCACGAGCGCUGACAAAGCGAAGCAAAUGGAAUUGUUACACUAAAAACAGGCGAAAAACGUGACCUCUGACCGAAGCACAAACGACCACAAACCAAAUGCGAAUUACGGUAGGCGCCAAACCUUUAAUUAUUCGGUAACUUCUCGAAACAAUAUUGGUCUGAAAUGUGUAUAGGUUUUUUGAAAUAAAGCUGAGUAAAGGUAUUAAGUGUCAAAAAGUCCACAAAGCCGUUAAAAAUACAACAAAAGUCACAAGUAAUCUGUUCCGUUUUCUGAAUUUUAUGCAGCGAUUUAACGAAUUAACAAUUUUUAAUCCAACGAUACCCACCUGAGACUGUGUUAGUUUAAGAGUCCAUAGAACUUCUCAGAAGAUUCCUUGGAAAGACGUCCAGAAGGAAAUGAAUGAAGAAUUUGAACUUAUAACUGUAACAAUUUCACUUGCCGCCACGGCAAUGAACGAAAACAACUGACGAACUGCCACAGGCAAACCAGCUUUCAGUGCAGUCAUGCAAAGCAUGUCACGUCACGUAAUUCGGCCAUGUGCAUUUGGGAAGGAGGGAAUAAAUUCUUCCACGCUGUGCGCUAAAACAUUUAAGAAAUAAAAUAAGUUUUGGACUGUUUCAUUUUUGCCCUCGCUUAAGGGCAAAGGCGCCUCUUCCGCUGAUAUAAUCUUGAACUUGAUGAGCAGUCGUUUUUAGGGGAUUCGUAAUUCCUCCCUUCCCACAAACGAAAAGUGUGAAUUAUUUUUUCACCUUUGAUCUCAACAACGUUACCUUCAAUUUUCUGAUUUGCCCUUCGCUUUAUCUGCACACUGGUAUAAAUGACACAUAUCUUGGUCUCAGGUAAGGGAGGAAAUAUGGGAAAAUAUGACUCCCCUGAAAAUGCCACCAAGGGAGGCUAAAUGUUUGGUUGCCUCUUAGGCCAAAUUCGCUUCAGAGAUCCGGAUUUCUUGACCGUGGAACUUGUGGAAGGCACAAGUGUUAUAACUGGACCCAAGUGUAAUAAAGGUCCAUCCGUAAUAACAUUUGAACCUAAGUGUAAUAAAGGUUUCAUCUAUCACGACUGAGAUAAUAUGAGACAUGUCCACAACAGCCUAAAUAUGGUUAUCUUAACUUAAAAAGCUGACAUCACGGUUCAUGUGACCAAACAGAACUAGAAAAAAAAGGAACGAGAAAAAGUGCCAUAGAAUCUAGCAAUGGCUCUCAGUUAAAGCUUUGGCAAAUUUUUGCUUUGAAACGUGCUUUUAAAAAAAAUCAUCGCUCCAGAAGAAAUAAAUAUGUCAUUCCCGUUCGCUUUCAUAAAAUGUCAGGCUAAACAAUUUUAAACCCAGUGGACUGAUCUGUUAUUAUUUUUUCCCCUCUGUCUUCUUGUCAUUUUCACUAUUUCUCUCACUGCUGAAUUUUAUUGAUAGGAUUUCAUGACUGUCAGUACUUUGCAAAAAUAAGUUCCCGCAAAUAAAAAUUACCGCAAAAAUAUUUCCCGCAACUCCAGAGGAAAUUCUGUAUUCUCUUAACUUAAAUUCACUUCACAAGAAUACAGUACCAAGAAAUCGUCUCUGUUCAAUUACAACUGGUCUCAUGUUUCAGAAACAAAUACUGAUGCACACUUAGUAUUGUUUGAAAAUAUGUAUUUCUGUUGCACGUACUCAAUAAAAACAAAAAUAUUAUCAAUGCUGGGUACUGGGUACUUUCUGAAAUGACAAAAAUUAAUCAGGGGCACCCAACGACAAUUUUCGGAAAAUAUCUGUUCGGAAGAAGAUUUGAGAUCUAGAAUUUUCGGAACAUUUGUUGUAAAAUUUGUUGCUUGCCUGCCUCUCCUAGGAUUUUCGAACAUCUAAAAAAUGGUAUAUUUGCCCAUUUUUAAAGGAUUUUUACCUUUAAAAGGUCAACUAGAAUUUUCGGGAGCCUUUUUUCUGGCUGAAAUUUUCGAAAGGGUAAGUUUUGAUCCCUAUAAUUUUCGGAUCACUAGACUUUCGGCUAGAAAAUCCGAACAGAUGAAAAAUUUUUAGGGGAUAAAAAUAUGCCUGUAUCUAUACCGUUUAAAUACUAAAAUACGUUUAACAAUGGUAUGUUUAAGUGGUUUUAAACUGUGUUCUCGUUGGGUGCCCCUGAUUAAUCCCCAGCAAGAAAAACCAGUCCGUCCUAAUCGCAAAAAUUAGUUCCCGCAAAACACAAAAAAUCGUCAAUCCGCAAAAACAAACUCCCGCAAAAAUUUCGUUCCACACGGUAUCCGUUGGAAAAAUGAUCGGUCGUUUGAUCAGCAAGGGCCAGGUCGUUAUUUUUGGUUCCUUACUUGCGUCAGUUCAGGUUUAUUAGACUACCUUUGUAAUCACCAAUUAUGUUUAUAAUUAUGUGCUUUAGUUUUAAAUUCAAUUUUGGUAACGACCCUACAGUAUCAGCCCCCGAAAAAGGUUUGUGUUGCAAACCGACUAAUAUCGGAAAGAAUGAUAUCAUGUAUAUUCUUAAUUUUGUUUGUACUGGGUUUAUUUUCUCUUUUCGCUGAUCAGUUCCUUCGAUUUCGUCCUUUCAACUUAUCCAAAUCUUUUUUUGAGAUCCGGAUGCGGCCAUUAGUUCAUUGGCUUCCGAAGAGCUCAGUCCCUGUUGUUGGCUUUUAGUACGGAUGUUUCAACAAAAGGAGCCACCGAACCACAGCAAAUCGAAUAAUUAGAAAGGCUCGCAACAAAUAUGUCUCUUGUUCCUCUAGGAUACACAUGAUCAGGCACAAUUUUCAUAUUACAUAAAUAAAAUUAUACUGUUUUUCGUCCUAUAAGUGAGCCUCUAAUAUAACUCGAAAAAAAAUGAUUUACUUGCACGCGCCAGCAUAAGCCUUGAUUGGCUCCGAACUCAGAGUAACAUCUUUGCAGGGGGAGAUGCAGGAAUUUUUCAUUGGGGUAGGAGAAGGUCCAAAUUUUGGUUCAGAAAGGACUGUUGAACUUUUUUGUGGCAAAUUACUUUUUCCCCACACCCCCUCCCACUACACACUGAGAAGGCAGAGACAACUACUUGUUCUCAAUCUGUGAAAACCAGUCGCCGUUGGCGCGGGAAAUACUGCUUUGCAAGCAGAGGCGAACAGAUCAUAGUAGGGUACCAAAGAAAAUCACAUUCUUGAAUAUCCCUGGAAUUUAGUUUGGUGGCAAAAUACAACACGCGUUUCAUUAAAAAAGUCAGCCAGUUAAACAGUGAUAUACAAUACUAUCGUUGUAAGGAUUUUAGUCUCAAACAAGUAUCAGGUCUGAUAGGGGAUCCGGACCCCCGGGCCCUCCCACUGGAUCCGCCACUGCUUUGGUGCCCUUUGAUAUCCUUUCUAAAGCAUUCUGUAGUUCAUGGUAGUUCGAACACACCCGAUUGUUAGCUAUAGAUGCACGUUCUGAACUUGAAACAGAAUCUCAUUAUAAACAGCAGCUAAAAUAAAAGAAGUGCACAGCGCCCCUCGAGCAAAAACAGGGGAAAAAGUUAUUCUUUUCUUUAACUAGUUACAAAAGAUACAGGCCAAAGCUAUUUUUAUUUCAUAAAUGUUUUAGCACACACCAUGGAAGAAUUUCUUCCCUCCUUCCCAAAUGCACGGGGUAGAAUUACGUGACGUGACAUGUCUUGCAUGACUGCACUGAAAGCUGGUCUGCCUGGGGCAGUUCGACAGUUGUUUUCGUUUUGCCGUGGCGGCAAGUGAAAUUGUUCAGUGAUUGUUACAGUUAUAAGUUCAAAUUCUUCGUUCAUUUCCUUCUGGAGGUCUUUCCGAGGAAUCUUCUGAGAAGUUCUAUGGACUCUUAAACUAACACAGUCUCAGGUGGGUAUCGUUGGAUUAAAAAUUGUUAAUUCGUUAAAUCGCAUAAAUCGCUGCAUAAAAUUCACAGCAGAAAACGGAACAGAUUUGAUACUCGUGAAUUUUGUUGUAUUUUUUACCGCUUUGUGGACCUUUUGACACUUAAUACUUUAACUCAGCUUUAUUUUAAAAAAUCUAUACACAUGUCAGACCAAUAUUGUUUCGAGAAGUUACCGAAUAAUUAAAGGUUUGGCGCCUACCGUAAUUCGCAUUUGGUUGUGCUUCGGUCAGAGGUCGGUGUAUGACAUUUGCAGACUGCAGACUGCAGACUGCAGACCGCAGACCGCAGACCGCAGACCGCAGACUGCAGACUGCAGACUGCAGAUCACAGAUUGCAGACUGUAAAUUAAAUGACGCCAAAAAUCUUCCUAAUAAAGCUGGGUGACGUCAUCAAAAAUAUAACCUCGUUUGAAAGUGAGAAAGUAGCCUGAUCGAUAUUUUUGCGCAAAGUUACAAUGGACUCUUUCCCAAGAUGCUGUUGGCUAUUCUUCUUCGACCCUUUCUCAACUCACCCGGAAUAUCACUAGUUGCGUUGAUUCUUUAUUCUUCUUUGAUUAUUGUGAAUUGAUAAUGACAAGUAGCAAUGCCCACUAAUGCCUGUCUAAAUAGUAGUCUUCGUGCUCACUACAGUUACGUCGACAAAAACAACUAGGAUAGAUCAAGGACUUUUAACACCUUUUAAAUGACGUAUUUCAUCUUAGCAGUAUUCAGGGAUAUGCUAAAUAAUCUAAAAUGAACAGAUCCUACCUGGACUCGACGAAUUACAAGAACUGCAUUUUGAAUUUCUAAAUAGAAAAAUAACUGCUCAUACUCAAGUUCAAGUACACAGGUGAGGACCCCGUAGAAUAAGGAUUCCGGCGCUGUUUCUCAGACAGACUUAUAUAACCGUAGUUUAAUUUCGUCUGUGGUGUAGGCUAAAUUGCUAGACGGUUGCUAUGGAAUCAUGAGCAAGUUUGUGACACCGGCAGACAUUAUUCUGCUUUAAUUCAAAACGAAAAGAACAGCCAACAGCUCCUUUAGGAGUGACAUCUGUGUAAUUUACGUAAAAAAUAUAAACUUUGCUUCUAGGCUUUACUUCUCGGAACAAGGUAAUGUUGAUGAUGACGCCACCUUUAUUACAAUAAUUUGGUUUCAUUAACAGUCUUGCUGCCUCAUGCAGUGUGCGGUCUGCAGUCUGCAGUCUGCAGUCUGCGGUCUGCAGUCUGCAGUCUGCAAAUGUCAUACACCGGUCAGCGGUCACGUUUUUUCGUCCGUUUCUAGUGUAACAUUUACAUUUGCUUCGCUUUGUCAGCGCUCGUGAUUUCAUUUACCCAAAAAUUUUAUUUCGCUAAUUUAAAGAAAAAAGAAUGCUCUUUCAGACUAAACAAGCCUUGGUGUUCAAAGCCAUGUACCAAUCCGCUUUUUUAGCUAGUGAAAAAGUGCUAAAUUUUGACGGUUGAUUAAGCGAUUUUGAGUCAACAACUUUGAAAAUUUCUUAAAAAAUCUCUUGUUGACCAAAUCGCGAACUAAUCAGGUAAAAUUAUAGAAGAAAGAUAGUAAAAACAUGAAGUGUCAUUAUAUUUUAGUAGCCAACUUUAUUUUAAAAUGUACGAGUUACAGAAUAUGACUCGCAAUUUCGCAUGAUUUUUUCCCAUUUUAGGCCUCCGCAAGAAAAAAAUUCGUUAAAAAAAUAUUAUUCACUCGAUCGUACUUAAACCAACGAUUUUGUAACUAGGGCCCAUAGGGCUUUAUUCUGGCUGAGUUUGAGGCCAGGUCAUGUUUUAAGUAUUUCCACGUCUAGUUGAUAUUUACGCGGAGUCGCUCUUAAUACUAAAGGAAAGAGCUUCAUUGCUACCAAUAAUUUUCGCACCUUCUGGACGAAUGAUAGAACGUCAACGAGGUACACGUACUUCUCCUGUAGAGAGCUUUGUCUCGCUAUUGACUUUCUUAUCGACAACAUCUACGUUCGUUUUGGAAGCUAUGUUUUCCGGCAGGUUAUUGGUAUACCAAUGGGCACCAACAGUGCACCUUUAUUGGCUGAUCUCUUCCUUCAUACCUUCGAGUACGAUUUCAUGGUCAAAACAAUGAAACAGGAUAUUACAAAAGCCAUCCAAUUCAGCAACACCUUUCCGUACAUCGACGAUUUAUUCAGUGCUAACAAUGUGGACUUUGGAAAUUACAUCAGCGCAAUUUACCCGUCGGAAUCACAGGCGGCCCAGACGUAGUAUGUGUCACUGAAUGAAUAUAUUAAUAUUCACAUGUACAAAUUAAUGCGAUGAGUUGUCGAAACUCCAAUGAACUAAAAUAGUCCAAAAAUUAAAAUAUAACAAAAUAAAGCUAAGAUACCUUUAACUGAACGUAUCCUUGUCUUUCCUGGCCGGUUUAAAUACUAUCCACUAAAGAAGAAUUAAAGGCUGGCUACAAAACAAACAGACCAUCUCCACGCGCCUUCACACGAAGCGCUAUAAAUUCGAGAAUAAUCGACGAAUCCGCUCCAAAUAACCAUCGGCUAAUCUGCAGGUAACGUGUGCUCCUGCUUCUGGCUCGCUUGCUCCACAAAACCCAUCGCAACUGCACAAUAAUUGCUCGCUCAUCAACAACCACUGUUGACCUUUACGCUUCGAUAUGACCGCAAACGACCAGGUAUAAUACGCGACGUGAAUAUUCAAGCUUAGCGACCGCGUCUGCGCGACAAUGCAACACUUGCAAUGGGAGGGAUGGUACAAUUGCUUCUAGGUCAAUCAACGCUGAGCGAGGGUCCGCUGCGUUAGUUUUCACCAGAAAACAAAAGGCGAUCGCAUGAACGUCCGUAAGUUUUCAACAGGGCGGCCCUGGUUUUCGGAUUCUUCUAACGUUUGUUUGUCCAGCCGCUUGCAUAGGUUCUGUCUCUACUGGACCUAUUUCCUUAAAGUAAUUAAACAGUUAUUUCCAGAACACCGACAAUAUGUAUUUAUGGUUUGUUCAUACUAAAUAUAAAAUCGUGUAAUGUUAAGCGGCGAAGGCAACCAGAACUGUGAAAUACAACAAUAGGUCUAAUUGCAUGCAGCACGCUUUUUUGUACAUUUCCUUGACGUUGCUUCGCAUGACUACUACGUGAAACGUCUAUGGUGGCCCGCUAAGGCCAUAGCAAUUUUGCACUUUUUUGGUGAAAUUUUGACACUUUCCAUUCUUUUUUCUCCUUUAUUUUUUCUUGUUAAUUUGUUUUCUUUUGAUUAUUUUUAUCUUUUUUUAUUUCCUUUCUUUUAAUUAUUUUUACCUUUAUUCUGAAAAUUUCUUUUCUUUUAAUAAUUUUUAUCUUAUUUUUUUUCAUUCUCGCCUUUUUAACUUUUAUUGUUUCUUCUUACUUUUUAUUUUGAUUUAUUUUGUAAUUUUUAUUUUAUUUGGUUAUACAAUUUGUUUGUUUUAUGAAAAUUUACAAACAGUGAUUUAAUUUGGAGAAAAAAAAAGUCUCUAGCCCCGCAACGCCAUAGACCAGAAUUCCUCGCGCGUAAUGAAGCGUUCCUCGUGCUCUUUUUCUCACUUCAGUCAAUCGCCCGUGCCACAUUUCUGCGUGCAACACGUCGAAAAGGAAACAAACGUGGGACAAUUACAAGGAGAAGGUAGCCAAAAAAAGUCGAAUCGACAAAGGGGCAGCUGCUGUUGCCGGAGGGAGCGAUGGAAUUGCCGUACAGAGGUUGUCUAGCCAGGUGGAAGGCAAACGCCAGAAGUACUUGAGAAUGGGGCCAUCGACGCUGGUUCCUCUCGAUCAAGAGCCAUCACUCGAGAACAUUAAAAAAGCAUGCCAGUUGCAUUUUAACACGGAUUUGGUGUAAAAUGGGGUUGACAGGCCUACACGACUCCCCAGCGCGUGUUUUAAAUAGCCUUUUCAUAGUUUGGCUCUCACGAGUAUGUCUUUGAGCGACCGCCCUCUUUUGUAAGAUACGAGGGGCGAUUUUUUGUAGUUUUCGCUCAGUGAUGGUUCUUUUUCUGUUAAAUGCCAGUUUCUCAUGAGAAUUUGCUUUAGGUUAGGCACUGAUGGUUAGUAUUGGGUGACAAAAUGCAAGAUUCGUAGGUUUAUCUUUUGUUUCUGUUGAAGGGCUAGUUUCCUGUCUUUGAAAUUCACCUCUGAGAUCUAGAGGGUUGUGUUAAUGAGAUCCUCUGGGUAACCUCUCUGUAGCAGAUGCGCUUUGAAAUUUGUAAUUUUCUCUUCGAAUAUUAUUUUGGAAGAGUUUGUUCUGAGAAGUCGGAGGGCCUCCCCUUUAAUGAAGCCUUUUUUAACUCCUUGCGGGUGACAGGAACUAAAAUGGGUAUACUGAAAUGUCUCAGUUGGUUUAAAAUGAGUACGCACAUCAAGGAUUGCGUCUCUUUCGAAUCUUUCGCCUUUGUAGAUGUAGGUGUCCAGGAAUGUUGUUUCCUUAUCGGAAAUUUCAGCCGUAAACUUGAUCGUAGGGUGAUGAUUGUUUGCUUGUUCAAUGAAAUGUUCUAUUCUCUCUCUGUUUGUAGUCCAGAGCGAGAAGAUGUCGUUUAUGUAACGUUUCCAAACGAGCAUUUUAAAAAGGCUUUGGCUAAGGAUUUCCGUCUCUACCUUGUUCAUGAAUAUGUUAGAAAAGGCGACUGCCAUUUUCGUGCCCAUGGCCGUACCAUGUGUCUGAAGGUAGGUUUUUCCAUUUUACUGGAAAGAAUUUUCUUCUUUAGUUGAUAGUAUUUAAACCGGCCAGGAAAGACAAGGAUACGUUCAGUAAAAGGUAUCUUAGCUUUAUUUUGUUAUAUUUUAAUUUUUGGACUAUUUUAGUUCAUUGGAGUUUCGACGACUCAUCGCAUUAAUUUGUCCAUGUGAAUAUUAAUAUAUUCAUUCAGUGACACAUACUACGUCUGGGCCGCCUGUGUCGGAAUUGGAACUUAAGGACACUUCCACAUCAUCUACUGAAGUGUGUUAUCUCGACACUAAUAUCAAGACUGGCGAAAACACACCCUUCCGUAUCAGCAUGUACGAUAAGAGAGAGGACUUUGCAUUGCGGAUUGUCAACUUUCCUCAUAUGGACAGCAACAUUCCCGCCAAUCCAGCUUACGAUGUUUAUAUAUCUCAACUGGUGAGAUAUGCUGGAAUUUGCACGUCCAAAGUUGACUUCAUCAAUAGACUCCGUGGACUUUCAUUACGACUCAGACAGCAAGGCUUUGACACUAAUCUACUUCAGAAAUCAUUUAAUAAAUUCUUCAGUCGCCAUGGUCUUAUCGUCGAGAAGUAUGGUGCAGCCCUGCGGGAGAUGAGAUUAGCA